CUUGAAUUUCCGUUUAGCCUCAUCUCUAACUAAGACAUAUCUGAAUCGAUCUCUAUGGACGGAACUGUAGUUUUCGUACUAAUUAUUAUGAUCACAUUUCUAAAGGAAGAAUGGUGUAGAAUUAAAGUCUCUGCAGUGUAUAAUUGCUCCUUUGUGGAGAACUAUUAUGCGAACGGAAAAGCCGCGGAUAAUCCAGGAACAUUAAAGGAAUGUCAAGACCAAUGUAUAAGUUUCUCAUGGUGUCUAGCUUUUAAAUAUUUUAGCUCCAAUUGUAAGCUAUUAUCGGCUAUUGAACCAUCCACUUACAAAUGGCUGACUCCAAUUCAAGAAAAAAGGUGUGAAGAUGUAUGCGCCGUUGGACAAGAAUACAAGGAUUAUAAUUGCUCUGAUUGUGAUAUUGGCUUCUACAAAGACACAAAUGGAAAUACUAACUGUACAAAGUGUCCUAUUAACAAAAUAACAUUAGGAAAAGGUUCUACGUCGGACUCAAAUUGUACAAUUACAUUCUGUGGUCCAGGAUUCUUUACCUCUGACAACAUUACUUGUUAUAAGUGUUACAAAGGUACUUAUAAAGAGACGACUGGAAAUAACAGAUGUACGCAAUGUCCAAAACACAAAACAACGUUAACUGAAGGAAGUAACAGCAGGGAAAGUUGCAAUUCAACAUUCUGUGAUCGCGGGACAUCUACAACUGACAACAUUACCUGCGUUGAUUGUGCAAAUGGAACUUAUAAAAGUUCUCCUGGAAAUCAACCAUGUACACCUUGUCCAGGAAACAAAACAACAUUUAAUUUUGGAAGCACAGACCAACGAAAUUGUUCUAUAACUCACUGUGACAAAGGAUUUUUUCAAAGUGAAAAUGGGUUAUGUUCUGUUUGCCCAAAUGGAACCUAUAAAAACUUUACUGGAAAUCAACCAUGUUCAAAGUGUCCUAUGAAUAAAACAACAUUAAACGUUGGAAGUACAGACAUCAGUAAUUGCUCUCUCGAUUGUGCUACAAUUUGCGGCAAAAAUGACCCGUGUAGAGAUACAGGUACCAGUACCUGUGUGUGCAAAAGUGGAUAUUAUGGACCAGAGUGUUCAAAGCGCUGUAGUCCAGGAUGUUUAAACACUUCAUGCAGCAAAAACAAUGGCUCUUGUCCUUGUAAGGAAGGAUAUUACGGUGCCAAGUGCUUGAAAACAGGAUAUUUGGAUAGAAAUAAUAGAUGGAGUGAUCAUUAUGUACAAAAAAACUGCUCGGAACAAAUCUGUCCCUGUUCCCUAGGCUGGUUUGGUCAAUCCUGUCAAUAUAGAGACCUGGGUGUGGAAGCCAUCAUGGACAAUCAAGUCCUGAACGACAACAACGACAGCACCUGUGGGAAACAGAACAAUGUUACGGUUGAUUGGCUCGAAGAAAUACACGCCAUCACGUGGAUUAGACUAGUCUUUACGAGCAAUGAUAACAUAACUGAGCUAGAAGCCAAUUAUUUUGAGGAUCAUAGUUCGGAGCCAAGUUUUACCUGUGGCCAUCAUUCUUUAAAAAUUCACAAAACAGGAAACACAGCAAUCGAUCUCCAUUGUGUCAACUCGUUCUUUAUUCGUUUAUUGAAAGUGUCUUGGAAUAGUGACAGUCCUCUAUGUUCUGUCUAUGUCAGUGGAGAACGGAACGUUGCUCUGGGCUCCAGGAGAGCUAAAUGGAUUCUAAAUGAAAGGAGAGCGAUCACUAUUAAUACACUAACAGACGGUGACUAUGCAAACAAUGGCUGCUUAAAGAUGAACUCUAGCGUAACAUUGGAAAUAACCUUAUGGAAUAGCAUUUACUCGUCUGAAAUCCGAUUGUUUACAGACUUUACCAAAAAUAACGGGACAGGAUUCUUCAGAAUAGAGAUAUUUGAUGAGUACUCAGACACAGAGUACAAGAUUUCUUCUAGUGGACAAGAUUUAUAUGUUCAGAGAGCCUUUUUUAUGAAUAUCUUUAUUUUCAAUUUUGUUAAAAUAAGAGUCCUGUAUGGGACAUUGCAUCUUUGUGAAGUGGAAAUCUUUGGAGAUUGUCACUACCCACGUUACGGGUUCUCUUGUCUGGAAGUAUGCUACCUGACAUGUCUAGAUCAAAUCUGUACCUUUGAAGGAGAAUGCUACCUUUGUAUUCCAGGCCGCACUGGUGUUUUCUGUGAAAACCGUACAGUCCACUCUUCAGACGAUAUAUUGGAAACAGCUAGAGUGGCCACCGUAACUAGAUCUACACAUCAUUCGGUAGAAGCUAAUCAGAAUCAGAAAAGCCAUCCAAUGAUAAUUGUUAUGUCUUUUUUCACAUUUUUGUGUUUGAUCAUUUUAUUUUAUUUUGUUUAUAAAAAUUAUACCGAAAAAAAAGAACCAAUGUAAAAUGAUAGCUUUGUAAACAUACACUUGUACAAUAUUUGAACAGACACACAUAUGUUAAGCUUUAAUUUAUUAUACUAUUUUCAUAUUAAUACUUAUUAAUGGCUCAGCGUAUUUAUUUCUAUACAGUGAAAAUCACGGUUUAAAAUUGUCACGAAAAUUAAAUCAUUAAUUGAAUCUUCUUAAAUUUUACAUUUAUUUGUAAAAGAAUGUGUAUUACUGUGUGUGCGCAUGUGCAGGCGCGAGCACCUAAUAAAUUACGA